CCGCUUGACCGCCUGCAGUGACUGCCGGGAUCGCCUGGCAGACUUCUCAAGGUAUAAGUUUGACAGCCUGGAGAGUCACUCGUUGUGUCCUGAUCCCUUUUAGGCGCGCGUUCCUCGCAGUCCUGCGGUGGAGUGGAGUGGAGUGGUGCCAGUGCAGCGUAAGAGAAGACCUGCAUACCAUCGGAUCGCAGGGGUAACGGAAGGGCGUCAACAACUCUACUUCAUUCCUUUCUUAUUCUGUCCCACUUGACUUUCUCCAGGCCAUCCACGUACUUCGCAUCACUCUUUGUUCUGUCUUUCUUUCUGGUACCUGAACCUCUCAGGUUAUUCUUUUCCCAUUCGUCUCUCGCUACACCAUGAAAGUCACACACUCAAUUCUGUUUCUCUUUGCACUGCUUCCCCAAGCCCUCGCCGAUGUCGAAUUUGUGUUUCCAUCACCCAGCGCCAUUUUGCGAACUGGGGAUGUCCUCACGGCCCAGUGGAGAGAAUCGGGCAGGCUUCCCCAUAUCUCUGAACUCAUACAUUAUGAUCUUUAUCUCUGCGUCGGCGGGGAGUUAGCGGGAACACAUGAGGUUGCAGUUCUGCUUUCGAAAGAUACUGUGUUUGCAAGAGGUAACUCGAUAUCUUUCAAGCUGGAUCCCAGCAUAAGCGGCAAUACUACAGAUACAUACUUUCUGAAAAUGAUCUCUUGGGGCCCGGAUGCCUCGGUCAUCAACUUUUCUAAGGAUUUUACCAUAACUAACAUGGCCGGCCCUAACUCAACAUCUGUCUCGCAAGGGCCGUCUCCUACAAUAGAUGACUUCGCAAUUUCUGAUGGUGAUUUGAUCGAGCCAGUGGAGCUACGGAAGAGACAAGUUGAUGGAGAGGCCUUUACAGUACCAUAUCAGUUGCAGACUGGUCCAACCAGAUAUGCACCAAUGGCCAAGAAGCCUGCAAGCACGAUUCCAGCCAGGUCGCCAACCCCCCAGUUUCCAGCAAGCGCAUAUACCAUUGCCACAACGUAUCUUCCCCCGGCAACGGUUGAAAUAACCAUCGCCGCAUCUGUGACAUACUCUGUCGUUAGUAUUGAAAAUACGGCCUCGCCCGCACCGCAUCUGCACGACGCACAAAUGAAGCGAUACUUGGAAAGAUGGAAGGAUUAGGCCCGGAGCCUCAUGGCAACAUUGGUACUAUCUCAGUAGCACAUUGCCAACCUUCCUUUUCUUAUUUCUCAAUCGAGAGCCGGGCCAAUGAAUGUUGUACUUUUAUACAGUUUUAUCGUUCCUUGACUAUAAUGUAUGGUACAACGCCCUAUCAAACAGGUUUCUG